UCUGGUUUAAAGGACUUGCAGUUAAAAGAGUGCAUUUACUAGCGCUUCUUCGCAAGGUUAUGUCAAUUACUUCACAUCACUGCAUUCUGUUUUUUCAUCUGGGGUUUACAUCUGAGCCUUCAUGCGAGGUGGUUUUCAGUGCAUCGGUUUCACACAGCAAGAAUGACGUCUGGGUGAUCGACUGGAUGGACAAUUGUAUUACCAGGUGAAAAAAGAAACUGCGAGAAAAUUAGCCUCUGGUUUUAAAUGAGAUGCCUUUAAUGGAGGGAUACUUUUACAGUUUAACACAGAAGAAAUAAUGGGUUGCAGUCUGCAGAGGAACAUCCUUUCACAGUCGAAGGCUAGAAAAUGAAACGACAUACCUAAGAAAAAAGACCAUUAGUAAAAUCUGGAACACAAUAGAUCAUUCAUUUGCACACCGAAAGAGUAAAUUCUCCUUCCCUCUGCACCAUUUCUUUCUUACUCUCUGUGUGUAAACACACAUACUCAUACACACGCCAAAAACACAAAUCAUGCCAGAAAAUGUGAGCUCCAGAAUGGACACACCCACAAACAUCUCCCUGGUGGGACCCGGUGAUGCCGUUUCCGAGUCCCUGGAGUAUAAAACAGUUUCUGUGUUUUUGGUGUUGCUGGUCUGUGGGGUGGGAAUUGUGGGAAACAUCAUGGUUGUGCUGGUGGUUCUUACCACGCGACACAUGCGUACACCCACCAACUGCUAUCUGGUGAGUUUGGCGGUGGCGGAUCUGAUGGUUCUGGUGGCUGCAGGUCUGCCGAACAUCUCGGAGAGCCUGAUGGGCACCUGGGUGUAUGGGCAUGCCGGGUGCCUGGGCAUCACCUACUUUCAGUACCUCGGCAUUAAUGCAUCCUCCUGUUCGAUCACAGCCUUCACGGUGGAAAGGUACAUCGCCAUAUGUCACCCAAUGAGGGCACAAACUGUCUGUACGGUGUCUCGAGCCAAGCGCAUCAUUGCUGGGGUUUGGGCCUUUACCUGUGUCUACUGCAUGCUUUGGCUCUUCCUAGUGGACAUCCAGGUGGACACCGAGGGGCGUGUACAAUGUGGUUACCGUGUCUCUCGAGACCUCUACCUGCCCAUCUAUCUCAUCGACUUCGCCAUCUUUUACGUCAUCCCUCUACUUCUGGCCAUUGCCUUAUACGGUCUCAUCGCCCGAAUCCUUUAUUUAAACCCUCUACCCCACCCACCCAACUCGGGAACCAUAACUGCCCCCACUCUCAGGAGGAGCUGCAAAGAUCCAGCAGAUGCCAGUAAGGCAGGUCGCCAAGGACGUCCGAAGACUGCGCUCUCCUCCCGGAAGCAGGUCACUAAGAUGCUAGCAGUGGUGGUGGUGCUGUUCGCCCUGCUAUGGAUGCCGUACAGAACCCUGGUUCUUAUUAACUCAUUCGUAAGCACGCCCUACCUAGACGCCUGGUUCUUGCUCUUCUGCCGGAUCUGCAUUUAUGCCAACAGUGCGAUCAACCCUGUGGUUUACAACCUGAUGUCCCAGAAGUUUCGUUCGGCCUUCCGCGGGCUGUACCGCUGUCAGAGGGAGGACGGACAACAUCGGACGCUCUCCAUGCUCCAAAGUGGAUGCAGCCUAAGAGACACCCGACCCUGUAACAAUACCAAUGGCACCAGAAACACACUGAAGAAAAAUGGUUCAAGCUCCCCUAAGCAAAACCAAAACAAACUCAACGACAUAGAGAACACCCUAACAACAAGCGAUGAUGUAACAAACGAGACAGAUCCAAAUGUACACAUCGGGAACACUGCUAGCGAUAAAAGCCAAACCUCAGAAGACAAGGAGAUGUCUACACUGAAAGAUGUGGACAGGAGUGAGAAUACUGAUAAUGGUAAGAAUACGGAGAAAAGCGAGGCUACUAUUCAAGAUAUCAUCGCUGACAUGGGAAGCACAGAGGAGAUGCUGAGCUCUGCCACACUGGAAAAAACUGAUCAGAAUGACAGAGAGCUGAUUCAUAGCCAUGUAUAGAUCACUAGUACUCAAUAUUUUCCUUAUUUACUGCAUGCGGAGAAUGAAAAGAGAUCCAAGAGGACAAAAAGAGGUUUGAAAUUGCGAUGUACGUCCUUAGCUGUCGUGUUCUCUCUCCAGUGAAGGUGGCAAAACUGACAUGCCUCCUUUUCAGAGAGACACACACAUGGCAUGCUCGAUUUGGGCAAAUGAUCACAAUGCAAUUCAAACUAUGAUAAAUAUUUGACAAAGUGUAUUGCAGCUGCUCAGAUAUAAAGACUAGAAGAACAAAAAGGCAUAAAAGUGCCCCGUAAGACUAAAGCACAAAUGAGACCUCUUUAAUGUCUCUUUUUUUAAUGAGUCUUUAAAAGAUUCAGUCAGUUUAUCUCAAAGAACUUCACCCAAAAAAAUACUGAGUAACAGAGCAUAAAGAUUAACUAUAUAUUUAAUUCAGUUUUAGCUCAAUUUAUUCAAGACUUUAAUUUGAUGAAUUUAAUUCACACUCCAGUCUGUGCUGUCUUUUCUCAUCAUAUAAGUUGAUUCCAACUGAAUGAGAAAAAACAAAUCUUACCACCAAUCCAGCUUUUAAAGCAACAUCCCUGAGUUGUCCUCAAAAAACACUGAGGAACUUGGCAGGUGCUUUAGGGCAUGAGAUCCAUUCGGAUGCAUUCAACCAACUAUAAGGCCCAGAGACACUUCUGUGUUUUUCGCUAACACAGCACAUGUCCCAUACAGUAGCUGGAUGUAUUGUCUAGCCAUUUGUUUCAUAAAAACUGAAAUACACUCAACUCCCUGUAUGGCUAGAGGUAUGCUAAGCUUUUUAGACCCCAUUUAUGACCUCAUAAAGAUGAGUAGAUUAAGGCAUUCAUUUGUCAGGUGUAGUUAUUCACUUAUUUCUGUAGAGAGCAGAGAGAGCCGAUGGUUUCUGUUGAAGCAAGCAGAGGACUGUUUACACCUGGUAUUAAGGGGCUGUUUAUACCUGGAAUUAAGAUUGUUUUUUGUCGAUCGGAUUACACAUGGUAUUUUAAUCCUUUUCUUUUGUCUACUUUUGACCGCUUCUGCCCUGAUUACUUUUAAGGGAAUGCCCUUUGGAGAUUGUGGGCGAGUACCUUGCUUUUGUUUAAACGUGAGCGGGAGAAAUGACGAAUUGAAAUCGAUGCAAACUAAGGCCCUAGCCGUUUUCUCAAUGUCAAGGAAGGAUCCUCGGAAGCCCGUAUUUCGAGGAUUCCACGUCAUCGACGUCCAUCGAAGGACUGUUCCAAUGUCGAGGAUCCUCGGAAUUUCAGCCAAGGACUGAGUCCUUCAUUCAAGAAAUAUUCCAUAUACAGGAAAGGAUGCAUAUGUGUAUCCUUUGGCGCUGACAUCACCCCUAAUCCUAUGCGCGCAGCACCGAAAGCACACCUUUCAUUGACGCAAUGACGUGCACUUGCUAGCCUGUUCCAUUUACGUGUUCUUCAAAUGCUUAAGAGGAGCCUCGCCUAGCCUCUGAAGGAAGUGACUUGUAAGGACUAGUCCUGCCAAGGAAGUAUCCUUGACAUUGAGAAACGGCCCCUGUUUACACGAGAACACUCAAGGGUGAAAACGUAAAAAUAUUUUAUCGGAUGUUCAUUUCGUUUACACAGUGACAGCAUUUUUGGGGCUUAAAAACGCAAAAAAGUGAAACCACCCUCCAGAGUGGAAAUCUUAAAAAUGCUCUACAGUCACGUUCCUGUCUAUAGGGUAAAAACGCAAAAGUCUGCUCAGGGUGGCUCUCGUCGCUUCUCUUUCCAGCAGUUGUACGGAAUAUUGACAGCUAGUAUUACUGAUGAUGAGGUGCAUUAAUUACAUCUAUAAAAUUGUUGAUGCGCCAAUUCGUCAGAGGCAAACCAGGCAGCUUUGGACGAGACCUAGGAGAACAAGGAAGAAGGUUGUAUGCAGGUGCACAGACUUCAUGUUGUUGUGUGUCAGUGCUUCACAUUGCCAUCUAGCGGCCUGGAGGGCAUACUACAUCGAAUAUCACACACUUUUGCAUCACCAUAUUCACGCAGUUUUCCCCCCAAAACGUUCGUAUAAACAUUGAUAAAAAUUGAUAAUGCAACACUACUUUUGCAUUUUCUCUUCAGAUCGUUUUCGUGUAAACGUAGCCUAAUAUUAUGUCAUAUUACCACAGUGUGUUUUCAACUACCUCUGAAUGUGGUCAAAAGUGGACGAGCUCAAAACUUUUUACUUCUUGUUUACACAUGUAUUUAGUGUCGUAUACUUGUGAUUAGGGCUGCACGAUGUGAGGAAAAGUUGCGAUGUGCGAUGACAUUAUUUGAUGUUGCGAUGACGAUGUGAGUUGCGAUAAAUAUUUUAUAUUUUUUCAUGUUUUAGGGGCCAUUCACAUGUCGCACCUAAAAACGCGUGGAAAACGCUAAUACGUAGGUUAUUGUGACAUGACCUGCACGCUGCACUUGUGUCGAAAAGUUUAAAUGUUUUUGAGAUACCUGGAAAUAACGAGCGCGUCGCACCACGUGCGAGUCGCGACCGCGGCGCUUUCAGAGCGCACAUACAUUUGAAAUAAUGAACUUGAGCGCGCAAUAGACGCAAUAUGUGAAUCACUGCUUCCACAGUACCUGUGUUUGCGGCGUCAUCUCUCCUAAAUCCAAAAUAAUUCCAUGAUAUAGCUGAAGUGCUGUUCCUUUUCACCACAAGGUCUUCGUCUGACAACACAUCUUCCUCACUCUUCUCUCCUUUCUCGCCAUCGUUUUUGCUAACAGGCACAGCGUCGCAACUGACACCUCACAAAUCAAUCUGAGCGUAGCUGACUUGGGGGUUCCCCUGAUUGGCAUAAUAGCAUGAACGCGCAAACCAUCCGUGCGUCCCAAACUGCCUACUUCCAUACUAUAUAGUAUGCAAAGAGUAAGAGAAGUAGUGCUUUUCUCCUACUAUAUAGUAUGGAAGUAUGCGGUUUGGGACGCAGGGCAUGUCUUCAGGACUAAACGUGAUAGGUCAAACGUUUAUUACAUGCGCUUACCGUUUUCCCUUCAUUCAUCGCGUCAAGGCUGUCUGUUGCGAUGUGUUCAUCGUGUGAGUUCAUAUCGCGAUGACGAUGAAAAUUCGAUGUAUCGUUCAGCCCUACUUGUGAUCCGAUCAACCGAAAUGCAUCUUAAUACCAGGUGUAAACCGCCUUUUUAAGAUGUGUUUUGGUCGUUUGGAUCACAAGUGGAUGACACUAAAAAUGGGGUCUAAAACGUUUUAAGCUCGUCCACUUAUGACGACAUUAAGAGGUAGUUGAAAUGCAUUAGACUGCUUUUGUGGUGUAGAUGCGCACGUAGUUAAAUGUGUUCAAACAGCCACAAGAGACUGCCUACUCUCCACAUAUGUGAUUUACAGAGCACAUUAUUUUUACAUAAGACCUGACUUCUAGCGCGACAAGCAGGGUUCAGCACUAUCUUUAGGCUUUCAUCGAUAUAACUAAAGUGACUGCUCUCUGUCUAUUUUAUUUUGUUGCAUUUUGUGAGUGUUUGAAAGUUACGCAAGCUUAUACAUGUGAAAUAAAAUAAAUGUGAUAUGAAAUCACAUUUUAUAAAUUUGAUAUGAAAUAUCAGAGAAAGCUCUUAAUAUAUAUGUGCAAAACACUGUGCAGCAACACAAGCAGCGGACUCUGACAUAAUAUUAGUUUGCAUCAAUUUAAACCUAUUAUUCCUCCUGCUCGCAGUUAAACAAAAGCAAAGGGACUUGCCCACAGACACCCCCUUAAAGUAAUCAUGACAGAAGCUGUCGAAAGCAGACAAAAGAGACAGAAAUAAAACACCAGGUGUUUAACCAAAACACAUCCUAAUGCCAGGUAUAAAUGUCAGCCCACAAUUAAGAAAUGUAAGUAGUUGUAACAUAUACGUAUAUGUCAAAAUGUCAAUCAAAAUGAUUCAUAACUUGUUGAUUGAUGACCCCUCCUUUAUGACUUUUAGCUGUCAAUCAAGUAAUUGUUGGCAUUUUUUAUGGUUUGCAUUUUUAUGGAGUUAUGAUAGUGUCAGUCAUGUUCAGUGGCUGCCGGUGACUUCUUUUUUUAAGGGCACUUGAUGCGUAGUUCGUCACAACAUGUAUUUAGCUGUCAUGUGUGUGGUUCCUUUUUUCAAAAUAUGUGUUCUGUGCAUCGAGAGAGUCUGUAUGCAUCACGUGUCUUGUCAAAAUAAUUGCCUGUUUCAGAUGCGUCUAAAGGGUUUAUGAUAAAAGAGACGCUCGCAUUUGCCAGAUACUUGCAUAAUCUCAUGUGUAAUCAUAGUUUACUGUUAAAGGCACACAAGGCAAGUCUGAGUAUUAUUUCUCUACUAGCUCCCCCUAGUGUCUGGGAGUAAAUGCGUUCUAUAUCUAAGACUAUACGAGACUGAAGGACACCGGGUCGGAUACAGCGAACUUGCAAGUGGGGUAUUCUUCCUACAGACGGUAGGGGCGGGCGAGAGAGUCUUCAUUCGUCAUGUAAUGAGUCAUUUAACCAUAUACCGACUUACGAAGAUGAUUUAUUAACAUAAAAAUGCUCCCUUGUGUCCCUUUAAGGGAGUGUCUUGCGUGUAUUUUGUGAACAUGAGUGUCUCUUUUAUUAUAAAAGGUUUUGACGCGUGUGCAGCAGGCAAUUAUUUUGAUGAAACACAUGAUGCACAUGGUUUACAUGACGCAACAAACACAUCUUUUGAAAUAUGAGCAACACACAUGACACUCCGAACACUUAUUUUGAAUUUGCGCCCCUCGGAUGAGCAGUCACGAGCCGCCACUGGUCAUGUUUGACUGUCAUUCUUAUGACCUGUUCUGUGUGUGGUCUGACCCCCACCAACAUAUUGCCCUUGUCUGAAUGUUUUGACAUGGUGAAUAAAUGUUUAUUUUGUGUGUGGGUGUUUGUGACCCCCCACCACCAUUGUCCUGCUGAUGGUUCUUGCUUUCCUCCUCGACCCCCAACAUUUAUUUAUUUACCUUGUCAACACAUUCAGAACUAAUUACACCCAUCACAAACUUAAUGGGGGGUAAGGAAGGAAGACAUAUCUGUUACAACAGGGCAAUUGUGGUGGGGUGUUAGACCACACAAAGGAACAGGUCAUAAGAAUGACAGUCAAACAUGAUUGACACUAAAAUAACACCAUAAAAAUGUAUAUUGUAUAUAAGUAUAAUAUACUUGAUUGACAGCUGAAAGCCAUAAAAUAGGGGUCAUCAAUCAUUUUGAUUGACAGUUUUACAUACAACUUCC